AUGGCUAAGUUGAUGCGGGAGUACGAGCAACUCGAGGUGGACAUUGAUUCGCUGAAUUUGGAGAAGGAUUUGCUGGGGACUGGCCUAGCCGUUGAAAGCAUCCGUUGCGGGCAGCAGGAAAUUGCGAAACAAGGCUCGUCCCCUCGGAAAGAGGCGAAGGUGAAUUUUAAUCUUCCGUUAGUAGAACAGCGUGCCGGGACCUCGAAAAUCGUACCAGAAGAGCGCCUUCAGGCUCAAAUGUUGGGAAACACCCAGAAAAAG